AUGGAUCCAAACAAAUCCAAUAGUCUCAAUGCUCAACAUCAGCUCAAUGCUCAUGGACAAGAUGAUCAGUCCAACGUUCAGGUGUUGGUACUCCCUAACUCUUAUGAUGUCCCAGGACCAUUGAUUGUUAUGGAAUUGGCAAUUGCCAUUUGGAAGGCUGCAACAACAACUGCUCGAUCCUAUAUAAGCCAAAACCUCCAUCCUGUACAACAACAACAAAUCAGUGCAAUGAAAUGGGAGAGAUGUUGGCUCACCUUGAUGGCAUUGCAGAAAGAGCAAGAACUGAACAACAUGUUCAAAUGGCUGGAAAGCGAGUGA